UUGAAGUUUGUCCCUCCGCGCUCUCCGUCGGUUGCUCAGCGAAAACGCGAAGCCCGUGACGCUGCUGACAGUUUAGUGCCGCUGGCUCGAAAAUGGAGAGCGACACCACUAUCCGGAGAAUAAAACCUUUGGGGACCAAUAAUUAUUUCGCCCAGGAAACCAGCGCGUCCCCAGACAGAUACGAGGAUAAUGGCUUCAGCGCAGACCCAAAGAGAAAGCCUGAAGUCAGCUUGUACUUACUGCGGGAAGGGCUCGCGGCUUCCCUGGUGUCCGUGUUUAUUUUAGUGUUGUGGGGACUUGUUCAUUUGUCGUUACAGCAGCUUGUCAUCGGGAAAUCAAGCGGCGAGUUUAACGCAGUGAGAGCCAGGCAGCACCUCGAGCGGAUCACCAGCGUCGGACCGAGGCCGACAGGAAGCCCUGAAAAUGAAGUUCUCACAGUGGGAUAUUUGUUGGAGCAGAUCGAAAAAAUCCGCGAAGAGACGGCAGCGGGCCCUCAGCAGCUCACCGUGGAUAUACAGCGGCCCACCGGCUCUUUCUCUAUAGACUUUCUCGGGGGCUUUACCAGCUUCUACGACCGUGUCACUAACAUCGCUGUGCGCCUGGAACCAAAAGGAGGGAGCCAGCUUCUGAUGCUGGCGAACUGUCACUUUGAUACAGUGGCUAAUAGUCCAGGUGCCAGCGAUGAUGCAGUGAGUUGUGCUGUGAUGUUGGAAGUCCUGCAUUCUUUAGCCAACCUCUCAACGCCUCUGCAUCACGGAGUUAUUUUUUUAUUUAACGGGGCGGAGGAAAAUAUUCUGCAGGCCAGUCAUGGUUUUAUAACUCAGCAUCCGUGGGCCAAACAGGUCAGAGCUUUUAUUAACCUGGAGGCUGCCGGUGUCGGGGGCAAAGAAGUCGUUUUUCAGACAGGUCCUGAAAACCCGUGGCUCGUCCAGGCUUACGUUAACGCAGCCAAACAUCCCUUUGCUUCAGUCGUGGGACAGGAAGUUUUCCAAAGUGGCAUCAUUCCUUCUGACACAGACUUCCGCAUUUAUCGGGACUUUGGUAACAUCCCAGGUAUCGACCUGGCUUUUAUUGAGAACGGGUUCAUUUAUCACACAAAGUACGACACGGCUGACAGGAUUCUGACAGACUCCAUCCAGAGAGCGGGCGACAACAUCCUGGCGGUUCUCAAGUACCUGGUCAUGUCGGAGAAACUGGCCGAUGCCUCCGAGUAUCGUCACGGUAACAUGGUGUUUUUUGACCUGCUGGGCGUGGUCGUCGUGGCUUAUCCCGCUCGUGUCGGCACUAUUCUUAACUACAUGGUCGCCGCGGCUACGUUCGUUUACCUGGCAAAGAAGGCGUCACUGCCCGGGAAUGCAGGUGGCCGUUAUGUUCGGGAUCUGGCGUGUGCCACCGGCGUCGCCAUCCUGAGCUGGUUCGUCACGUUGUUGUCCGUGCUCAUCGUGGCUCUUCUCAUCACUCUGUUGGGUCGCUCCAUGUUCUGGUACAACCAUUUUUACGCCUGCGUGUGUCUGUACGGCGCUGCGACCACCGGCAAGAUGGUUUUUAUUCACACACUGGCCAAAAACCUGUAUUACGGGGGUGUGCGUCUGGUGGAGCUGGGGGACCUGUACUUUGAUGUGAGUUUACUGCUGUGGUGCUGUGGGUUGGUGUGGCUCACUCAUCAGGGGCUGUGCUCUGCCUACGUGCCCAUGCUCAUGGUCGCUUUCCCCCUGGCCACGAGGCUGCUGCUGGCCAAAGAGUUUAAGCAUAAAGGAGCGUCUGCGAAAUACUGCGUGCUUUAUCUGCUGGGUUUAGCGCUGCCGUACGUCCACUUCAUGUUCCUCCUGUGGGUCGUGUUUGAGAUCUUCACACCUAUAAUGGGUCGCAGUGGCACUGAGCUCCCCCCUGAAAUCGUCCUGGCCACGUUAGUCACACUGGCAACCAUCUUCCUUUCCUCUUAUUUCCUUCAUUUUAUUUACCUCGUCCGAAGCACAAAGUGGAUCCUGGCUGGACUGGGCUCUAUUUUUCUUGUGAUGUUCCUGUUGGUCUCGUCGGGUUUGUUCUUCCCGUAUUCAGGCCGCGCAGACAGUCCAAGACCUAAGAGAGUUUUUAUUCAGCACACGACCAGGACUUUUCACAAUCUUCAAGGACAAGUGGAAAGUCAGGAUUCCGGUCUUUGGAUCAACAGCUUUGAUUUCACAGCUGUUCAGCACAUUUCUCCUCACAUCCCAGAGAUCAACGACACCGUUCGAACUCACUGCAGAGAAGACCGGCCGUUUUGUGGAUACCCGUGGUUCCUCCCCGUGAAGUUCCUCAGCAAGAAAAACUGGUACCUUCCUGCUUCAGAAGUGAUGCCGAGUUCGCCUUUGGAGUUCAGCCUGCUGUCCAAAGAAGAGACGAGCUGGGGAACGGUCAAGAUGACGUUCCGUGCCAAAGGUCCCAGUCACAUGUCUUUGUACCUGAUGCCCCAUCGUGGAGCCAGUCUGUCCACCUGGUCGUUUGGAGAUGGGACGCCUCAGUACGAUCUCAGCGGAGAGUAUUUUGUGUUCUACUCUCAUGGCGUUGAUGCUCCUGCUUGGACGUUCUGGUUUGAAAUACAGCCCCCGAAGGAUCCAGACCCCUUAGGACCAGAAGGGAUGAUCUCCGUGGCCAUUUCUUCUCACUAUUUCUUCGGUAAAGAUCAGAGGACUGCUCAGCUCCAAGAAAUGCUCAACAGAUUUCCCGACUGGUCUUUCCCGUCGUCUUGGGUCAGCACGUACGACAUGUACAGAUACUGAGGCCGCCGCGGGACGAGAAGUCGAGGUGCUUUAGACUCACGAAUAUCAAGUCCGGGCCUUGUCACUAAACACACACGCUCUCUCCUGUGAGGUCGAGAGGGAGACCACCACCACUGUGUCCGCAGGCUGGUAUUAGCUCACAAACAGGAAGAGACACGCCUGUGGUCAGGAGCGGUCACAGAGCAGCUCACGGACAAACUGCUCCACCGGCCACUGUGGUCACGUGCUCGCUCCUGGAUCGGCAGAGAGAGGAGUUACGUUUUUUACUUGAUCUGUUGUGCCUUUAUUUUAAUCACCUCAUUGCACUUGGUUCACUCUCAACCACUGGCUCGAUCUGAUUCUGUGUUAACACUCUUCCUUAACGAUCACGCGGCUGCCUGUCUUUCGUGUUUUUUUACUUGUAACGAGGGAAACGCCUCCUGUUACUUUAUGCCAACACAUAUUACGUUUUGUUUGUGCGAUGUUGCUCGUUACCAUUCCUCAUUACAGCUGAUUUGUAGCUUUCUGUACUUUACCUCUCACAUUUCUAUGAGGAAUGCUAAUAAUCAGCACUAAACUGUGAAAGAAGCGUAAAAUAACUGUCUUAAAAUCUUGUCAUAGAAAUGUAUUUAUUUUCUAAUGUCUUAAUUUGCUGACGACUUUGGGUGAAAACGGUUGAGGUGCAGUCUGCAGCUUUUGUGUCGAGGUUCGCCCCGUUUAAACGCUUCGCCUGGAACGUUUCACAGUCCGGCGUUAAAGUUCCAGACGAUUUAUUCAGUUAGACCUUUAAAAUGGCCGAGGGGAGACGAGCAGGUGGCGUAACCUCCGAUAGGAAAGUUACAUAGUGCACCUUGUUAAGUUUGAAGCUGGCUUUUUCUUUUAAAGGUGAUGGGAAACUUCCAAGGACAGGGAUGUUGUAACUGACCUGUUUUGUUUUUGUGGUUCCUGAGCUGCUGAGGUGUGAAGAGAAACACGUAACAUUACUCCUCAUGAAUGUCAUCCACUUCUUCACGCAGAGAAACGCAGCAUCACUGUAAGAGGAUAGGACUAUUUUUAUAAACUUGAGAGGCUUCUUAACCAUCUCCUACUACCGCAUCAGAAUGACUGCAGAUGAAUUAAAACGUGGGAGAUAUUUAAUAUAUCGUUUUAUUUAUGAUGUUAAAGUCUAACCUCCAGCCUGUAAAAGGUUUUGAUGCAGAUUUACCUGCAGUUUGCUCGGUGCUUGGUCUUUAUUAUUUUUUCUUUGCUGCUGUUGUGAUCUGCUUUUUACAGAAACAUGAAACAUUUCUGAUAUUCUCGAUCAGGGGAAUCGUCCGUUUUGCCUCUUGAUCUUGACUGAUCUUUAGGAACCACUGGCUUCACCUCUUCUGUUCAGUCCAGAGGUUUUUAUCUGAACCAGUGGAAUUCGUUACACUCCACUAUUGUUGUCUCUUCCAACACAAAUGUUAUUCAGUAAUUAUUAUUUCAGGUCUCGGGAGUUUGCACUUUGGAAACCACCUGAUUGUCCACCAUGUUUCACUUUGUUCUAAAUGUUGCCUGUCGAUUUUAACUUCAAACUGAAAUGGCCUUAACGUCUUCCCAAAGAACCACAAACACUGAUGCUCGAGCGGCAAAGCACUGUACUUUUUAUGUGGAAACUGAUUAUCCUGUGCAAAUAUUAAAGAUGUUCAAGUAUUGUAACGUAGAUCACAGAACCUGAUGCGUUCAGUCAGCUGACCACCCCCCUACGUCAGGGACCUUUCCACUAUUUCAAAUCUCCUGAAAGUUUUAUUUUGUCACAAACUGUAAUUGUAAUAGUCUAGUUUCAUUGGAUAAUGGAUAAAAGGCAUGUUUACCAAAAAAAGAAAAGAUAUGCAAACAUGAUAUUUGCUGUAGAGAUUUUUUACAUAAAUAAAAUGGUCGUUUGUCUUUGGGAGAAAUCCUUUUUAACAGAGAUUUAAAGAAAGAGUCGAUAUGUGAUGAGAACAUGUUCAGAAUCACGUUUGAAGGAGUUAAACGUGGGGAGACCAUCGCUGCUGCUUCAUGCUGAUGUGCUGUAGUCUGUGAUAAACUGAUGCUGCUAAAAGUUUAACUGAACCACUGGUGAUUUUGACCCCGAGACCAGUCGAGUCUGAAGUUUCAGCUCGUGGACGUAGCUCUGACACAGGUAGCAGUGAAAAUACUCAUUUCCUCCCCACUCAUUUUAUUUUCUUAAAUGUUUGUCAUGUAAAAAUGCCUUCUGUAACUUUUUUGAUAGACUCAUUUUCAGAUGUUUCUCACGUGUUUAUUUUGGGACGUUUGAUCUGAUGGUGACUGGGACGCUGGGGCUUGUUACAGGGUAUCCAUGUGAUUGACUGGAAUGAUUAUGCAAAAGCUUUUAUUAUUAGCACUUCUACAGCUAUUAAAAUGAUGAAAACACUU